AUGCCACCAAAAAGUCAUAGCAAACGCAAUAAGCCUAAUCGUGGCGGGGGUCAUCGAUUUACAAGUCAAAGACACCUCACGAACAGGGAUGGCGAAGAGGGUGAUUUAUGGGGGUAUCGAGAGAAAAAGGAGGACGUAAUUGAAAUAGAAAAUCCGAACAGAGGCAAAAAAGAUAAUUUAAAGGUAUCCGAUAUUUCAAAUACACCUAGAGAGAUGACCCGAAGGGAAAGGGAAGCUGCCGAGAAAGAAGCCGCUAGGCAACGAUACUGGAAGCUCCACCUGGAAGGUAAAACGGAUCAAGCAAAGGCGGAUUUAGCGCGUUUAGCGAUUAUAAAGAAACAGCGAGAAGAGGCAGCCAUACAGAGAAAAGCUGAGGCUGAAGCCAAAGCUGAGGCACAGAAAGCAAAACUGGAAAGAGAAGGUCGAAAAACUAGGAAAUAG